UUCCGCUCCACGUGCUUCAUGUGUAGUAGGAAUUUACUCGUCUUUACACUUUUCUUUAAACCUAAUCUAACACCGCUGGAUUUAAAAUCUUUGUGGAUAUUUCAGUCGAAUAUCUGUCAACAUGCCUCCGGCUACCAAAAGAAACAAAAAGAGGAAGCCGAGCUUCCGCAAGCUGCUGAAGACCAGCAACCUGAAGCUGGAGAACAAACUGAAGAACCGUCAGUUUAAACAGCAGAGCACGGACAAGAAAAAUCGCAAAGAACAGAGAAAACUCCGGCAGGCCAUCACGACUGUUUCCCAUCAGACCGUCAAACCUCUGGAGCGGUAUAAGAAGACACCAGAGGAAGAAGAAGAUGACGAGGAAGAGUUCCUGGAGUCUCUGCCUGUGGACAUGAUGGAGGAAGAAGAUCUGGAGGAGAUGAAAGCCAUGGCGCAGAAAGCGUCCUUUCUCACUCGAGACCUCUCCUCCAGUGCUCCGGUACACUCCAAGAAGCGUCGAUCGGAGCGGCCGGUGGUGCAGUAUGAGAAGAUGCCCAGAAAGAUGCAGCAGCAGGAGGAGAAAGAGCUCAUUCAUCUUCUGCCCAUCAAAGACAAGAGGGGCCUCAUCCCUCAGUCCAUGGAGAAACCCGCUGCGCAGACGACGGAAGAAGAGCCGGAGGCUGCGGAACCGGAAGAGAUGGAGGAAGAGGAGCUUGAAGUCGGCCCAGUGCUAAGCCCUAGUGAACAACUGGACCUGCGUAUGCAGAAACUGACGGAGAAGAAACUGCGGAUCGCAGCUUUGGGCUCAGCGGUGCUGGCAGAUCCUCAUGUCAAUAUCAAGAGGCUGAAGGAGUUGAGGGGCAUGCUGAUGGAGACGGACCCCUGCAUCGCCGUCACUGUCAGAAAGUUAGUCACGGUUUCCCUCAUGGAAAUAUUUAAGGACAUUGUUCCGUCGUAUCGCAUCCGACCCCUGACGGACACCGAGAAGAACACAAAGGUGAAGAAAGAGACACAGCAGCUGCGGGAGUUUGAGGAAGGUCUCGUGAGUCAGUUUAAGUUUUAUCUGGAGGAUCUGGAGCAGGUUGUGAAAGACUGGAAGCAGAAGAAACUGAAGAGCAGUCGCGCCGUGUCUCUGGAGAGUUAUAAAGGUCUGGCUGCGGUGGCCAUCAGGUGCAUCUGUGAACUUCUCGUCGCUCUGCCUCACUUCAACUUCCACAACAACAUCAUAGUCAUGGUGGUUCCUCUGAUGAACGACGCCGACAAGAAGGUGUCCGAGAUGUGUUGUGAGGCGGUGAGGACGCUGUUGAAGCAGGAUAAAAUGGGUCAGGCAUCGCUGGCAGUUGUGAAGGUCAUCUCUGGUGUGGUCAAGAGCAGAAACUAUAACGUCAAACCGGAGAUCUUGAAGGUUCUUCUGUCUCUGAGGAUUAAAGAGGUGGACAUGAAGAAAGAUGCCAAAGAUAUAGCUCCCAAAAAGACAUUCAUGACUUUGAAAGAGAGGAAGAUGAAUCUGUCCAGAAUGAAACGCAAGUGGAAGAAAGCCGAGGAGAAGCUGGAGAAAGAACUUCUAGAAGUGGAAGCGUCAGAGAGUCAAGGCCUCAAGAUUAAACUGCACACAGAGACGCUGAACAUCGUGUUUCUCAUCUACUUCAGGAUCCUGAAGAAAGCUCAGAAGUCUGUUCUGCUGCCCGCUGUUUUAGAGGGUCUGGCAAAGUUUGCUCAUGUCAUAAACCUGGAGUUCUUUGAUGAUUUGUUGGCGGUUCUUCACUCUCUCAUCGUGACGGGUGAUCUGACGUAUCGAGAGAGUCUUCACUGCAUCCUCACAUCCUUCCACAUUCUCUCAGGACAAGGUGACGUCCUCAACAUCGACCCGCUGAAAUUCUACAGCCACUUGUACAAAACCCUGCUGACGCUGCACGCCGGAGGAGCGAACGAGGACAUGUCCAUCGUGCUGCAGUGUUUGGACGUGAUGCUGACCAAGCGCAGGAAGCAGGUGACCCUUCAGAGGGCGCAGGCCUUUGUCAAGAGACUGAACACGCUGGCGCUGCACGUGCUGCACGACUCCGCUGUGGGCAUCCUGGCAGCAAACAGGACACUUCUGCACACUUUCCCCAAGUGUGAUAUACUGCUGGAUAAUGAGAUGCAGGGCAGCGGUGUGUAUCUUCCGGAGCUGGACGAGCCCGAGUAUUGUAACCCUCAAAACACAUCGCUGUGGGAACUUCACCUGCAGAAGAGACACUAUCACCCAAUGGUGAGGAAGUACGCCGCUCAUCUAAUGGUAGGAGCUCCCAGUGAAGGUUCUGGAGCUCUCAGCGUUGACCUCAGCAGAAGAACACCGGUGCAGCUGUUUGAAGACUACACUGUUAAAAACAUGACGUUUAAGCCUUCUGUCCCAGCACAGUCCUCCAAGAAAAAGAUUGAACGUUUCACCAUCGGACAAGCGUUUUUGGAUUCUGAGCUGCAGAAACAGAUCGACGCUGCUCUUCAGACACAUGGAGAUGACACAAGUUUAGAUUUUAACCCUCAAUGUUCACCCAAGACCUCUAUGAUUGAUAAUGAGGACUGAAGAUGAGCUAAACCAUUUGUUGUCUGUUUGUGUGAAUGCUUCAAGAAAAAUGUGGACUUUGAAACUUUCUGUACAAAAUAUAUUUACUGUUUUAA